AUGGCUGUGCUAAACCACAUCUUCGCUUUCGUGCCCACUGUUCAACAAGGAAUUCACCUCAAACACAACUGGAAUAACGUCGGCCUCGGCUUCAUGGAAUCCGGCAGCGUGAAAAUCUCCCAAGUCCACGUCCGUGGAGCGGGCGCUCUCGGAUGGUCCACUACAACCUGCCUUUCCGAUCCCAAUGUCCUCUCGAUCCCCUUUGAUAUCCUCAUUUUCUCUACCAUCCAACUUGUCUUCUCGAACUUCUAUCUCGGAAUCGCGCAAGGUAGCGUGGACUUCGCGUCAAAAUACACAACAACCUCAACCCGAGCUUGGGCUUACGGAGGAGGCAACAAGGCUUUCCCGACUGAGUUAUUCUAUAUUAUGGAAAGAUAUGGGAAUUUUUUUGGUCACUUGAGAGCCAAGGAGACUCUGGCUGAUAGAGCGGGGAAGGGGAUUGCCGAUAUUUAUGGGAAGUAUGGGGCUAACAGAGGAGUGACAGAGAGGGAGAGGGGAGAAGCAGCGGAGUGGGUUGCUAGUGCGAAGGUUGUGACUACGGAUACGGCUUUGAAAGUUACUGCGGAGAUAUUUGAAGUAAUUGUAUGCAGAGCUACAAGUCGCAAGGUGGAUUUAGAUCGGUUUUGGAGGGAUGUGAGGACACAUAGCUUCCAUGAUUCCGUGGCAUAG